CUCGAUCUGAGGCCAGACAUUGAUAAUCUGCAUUAAUUGUAGUUAGUGUGACGAUGAAGAAAACGGUUCUGAAAGUAUGCAUCAACUGCCUCAAGUGCAAGACGAACAUUCUUAAAGCUGUAGCUAAACUUUCAGGGAUAAAUGAAUUGGCUGUGGAUGAUGAAAAAGGGACACUAACGGUGAUCGGGGAUGUUGAUCCAGUGUGCGUGGCCAACCGGCUUAAGAAGAUGGGGAAGCUGAUCGAAAUCAUCAGCAUUGGACCGGCUAAGCCCCCUGAUAAACCCAAACCCCCGGAGAAAGGGAAAACCGAUCCAAAACCGCCACUGCCUUCUUGUUGCGACAAGUGUCAAUUUACCAUGAUCAUAUAUGACGAUGUACGUCCGUGGAUAAAUGAAUUGGCUGUGGAUGAUCAUAAAGGGACACUAACGGUGAUCGGGGAUGUUGAUCCAGUGUGCGUGGCCAACCGGCUUAAAAAGAUGGGGAAGCUGAUCGAAAUCAUCAGCAUUGGACCCGCUAAGCCCCCUGAUAAACCCAAACCCCCGGAGAAAGGGAAAACCGAUCCAAAACCGCCACUGCCUUCUUGUUGCGACAAGUGUCAAUUUGCCAUGAUCAUAUAUGACGAUGUCAUUCCUCUAUGGAUAAUGUUGGAACUCUUGUGGGAGUUUCCCUCUGGUGAGGUUGAUUUUGGUGCUCUUGAGUGGAAACUCCCAGCAAAGGCGAUGGAGAAGAAUCUUACCUCUGAUGCCGAGAUAAGUAGAUGUGAAGUCUUCUUAAGAGCCCAUAUAAGAAAGGACAAAGUUGUCCAGUAUCCUGACCUUGCUGAAAAACUAGAUGAGCUCUAUAGUAGCAAUCCUGCUUCUAGGAUAACCAGCAUGGAUGAUGCCCUUACAGAGUUGGUUGGUUCUGACAAAAGAGGGCGAAUGCGGAGUGUAGGUUGCUCAAUAAGCAAGAUAGGACUGAAGAAGUCAGCCCCUGCUCAUUCAAAGGUAGAGAAUAUGACAAAAGAAAAGGAGAGCGUAACUCCAAGAGUUAUUUCAGAUGAAGAAAAAAAUGGUUGA